AUGAGCAAAUUAAUCCUGGACCGUCUCUCGCGGAAGGAUAUCCGUUUCCUGCGGAUGGUGAACGAGCAGCUUGGACUUUCUGCCCAGGCUCCCUCUAUCCAGACUCCAAGCACAUCUGGACAAGGACAACAUAAUGACGCCAACUUGUCCCCUACUGAGGGUCCAGCCUCGAACAGUUCAGAGAACUCUAAGCCGAUUGACCUCACGGACACUCUGAUCAACGUCAGCCGACCGAUACAGCUCCAAUGGGAGGAGCAGCCCCUAACAGCUCUGACCAACGUCGCCCAGCUGGUCCAGCUCCAAUGGGAGGAGCAGCCCCUAACAGCUCCGACCAACGUCGCCCAGCUGGUCCAGCUCCAAUGGGAGGAGCAGCCCCUAACAGCUCUGACCAACGUCGCCCAGCUGGUCCAGCUCCAAUGGGAGGAGCAGCCCCUAACAGCUCUGACCAACGUCGCCCAGCUGGUCCAGCUCCAAUGGGAGGAGCAGCCCCUAACAGCUCUGACCAACGUCGCCCAGCUGGUCCAGCUCCAAUGGGAGGAGCAGCCCCUAACAGCUCUGACCAACGCCAAUACGACAUUAUGA